AGCUACAGAGCUAAACUGACCCAAGGAAAUGAGGCUGCACUGGAGACUGAAGCAUUGUGUGCCUUUGUUCAACAAUUUACAGGCAUUGAAUACAAUAAGCUGCUAGAUGUUCUUCUGCCCCUGAAAGAUCUGGAGGCUCGUGUGAAUGCUGCUGCAGACCUGAUAACUCGGAUUCAUACCAACAUCAAUCGUGAAGCACUCAGCUUUGCUGCUGCUUCCUUUUACCACAAACUGAAGGCUGCUGACAAGUAUAUACCAGAGUCCAAGUAUCAUGGGAAUGUGACACUAAUGCGGGCAAAGUCUCACAAUGAAUAUGGAGAAGGUCUGGGUGGAGACUACAGACUCUCAGAGGUAUGCGAUGGGAAAGUAUCUGUCCAUAUUAUUGAAGGGGAUCACCGCACCUUAUUGGAGGGAGAUGGUGUUGAAUCAAUUAUUGGGAUCAUCCACAGCUCACUGGCAGAGCCUCGUGUCAGUGUCAGAGAGGGUUAACUUCUGCCUACUUACUGUCAAUGGUGAAGAAAAUGCCAAGAACAUUCCUUGUUACAACAGACCCCAAGGAACUCCUCCUGUUGUUCAAUGUCUCAUGCUCUGCUGUCAGAACUGGGCAGUCCAGCUGAACUUGAUUGUCUUUCUUUCUUGCUUAUCUCUUCCUUUCCCAGCUCUUAGGGGCACACGCUCUCUCUCUCCUUCCCUUCCUAUGCUUUGUUUUCCCCUAGUAUCCCUGUCCAUGUUACUCUAGUGCUGUGACUCUGUCACUGUGCACUGAUAUGAGGGUUCCCCCACCGAUGGUUGCUUCCUACACCCUUGGCAGUAUGAAAAACAAAUUUAGGGAGUAGAUUUCUUGUGCUCUAUAUUGUUUUGUCUUAACAGUAUUCCAAAGGGUAUGUGAUGGCACUUGUUGACCAAGCCCAGUGAGCAGGGAGAGAAGCUGCAGCUGAUUUCGGAGAUAGCUUUUUGUCUGUGAAGAAUCUGUCUGUAGUUAGGUCAGAAAGAGAAUUCCGUUGAGGCUUUUGUAACUAUAUUUUUUUAAUUUGAUAUAUUCUAAGUAUUUAUUGUGUCAAACCAGAGACUUCUUACUUGGUUUUAAUUUAUCGUGGGUUACAGGAGAAAAGAAACAUCCCUUUUUGGAGGGGAAAGUUUAUUCUACAAGGGGAAG